CUUCUUCGCCGGGCCACCGCGCGACUUCAAUUCCCAGGUUGAGCGACUGCAAGUGGAAGCCACUGCACUUCCAACACAGAGGAAAACAGAGAAGGCCACCGCCUCCUUCUUAUUUUUCUUCUUGCUUAUGAAAUGAUGAGUUCGGACGGAGAGGCUGAAUUGAGAAGGGGCGGGGAGAGAAGGAACCACCCUCCUCUUGUUGAUAGCUCAGCGUGCCUCUGCAGAGUAGAUGCGGGAUUCAAGACGGUGACCGGAGCCAAAAAGUACGUGCCGACCUUGAAGCUCUGUGUUCAUCCGAGCAUCAGAACCUCCAUCCAUCCUGUGAGAACCGGCGCCAACAUCAAGCCAGAAUUAGUCGAGAGAAGCCGAGGCGGAUCUCCUUUGCUGCCUGGCCUUCCCGACGACCUCGCCGUCGCCUGCCUCGUCCGCGUGCCCCGCGCUGAUCAUUGGAAGCUAAGGCUGGUGUGUAGGCGGUGGCAACGCCUCCUCGUCGGCAACUACUUCUACUGGCUGCGCAGGAGCCUCGGCCUCGCCGAGGAAUGGCUCUACGUCAUCAAGAGAGACGGCCGAGACGGCCGGAUUUCUUGGGAGGCCUUCGAUCCCGUCCGCCGGUCAUGGCACCCUCUCCCUCCCAUCCCCGACGAUUACUCGCUGGCCGUCGGGUUCGGCUGUGAGGCUCUGAGUGGCUGCCAUCUCUACCUCUUCGGCGGCAGAGACCCCCGCAAGGGCUCGAUGAGGAGGGUGAUCUAUUACAAUGCCAGGACCAACAAGUGGCACCGCGCUCCGGACUUGCUCCGGCGCCGGCAGUUCUUCGGCUCCUGCGUCAUCGACAACCGCCUUUACGUCUCCGGCGGGGAGAGCGAAGGCGUCCGCCGGUCCCUCCGGUCGUCGGAGGUGUACGACCCGAGCAAGAACCGGUGGUCGUUCGUCGCCGAGCUGAGCAGCCCAAUGGUGCCCUUCGCCGGCGCCGUCUACCAAGGGAAAUGGUUCCUGAAAGGGCUCGGAGCGCAGCGGCAGGUUCUCAGCGAAGUCUACGUGCCGGAAAGCGACACCUGGGAGAGCGUGCUCGACGGCAUGGUGAGCGGCUGGAGGAACCCCUCGGUCUGCAUCGACGGCAAGCUCUUCGCUUCGGAUUGCAAGGACGGGUGCAGGCUGAGGAUGUACGAUCCGGCGACGGACUCGUGGAGGAGAGGGAGGGACAGUAAGGCGCACGCGGGGAGUUCCCGAGCUGUGGAGGCGGCGGCUCUGGUCCCUCUCAUGGGGAAGCUGUGCAUCGUGAGGAACAACAUGAGCAUCACUCUGGUGGACGUGGAAGAUGGAAGCGGGGAGGAGGAGAGACGGGUGACGAUUGCCGGAAAAGGGCAGAUCAAAACUUUCAUUACCAAGUUCUUGUCGAGCAUCGCAGGUGGCAGUGGCGGCGAUCACACUCACGUUCUUCACUGUCAAGUUCUUCAGGCUUAGCUGUUGCUCAGCUUAGUAAAGAAAGCCCUCUCCUAAGCGUUGCCAUAUGCUUUUUCUCUUCUUUAGUAAUACAAUGUCGGUGUGGUAAAACAAUUAGGGUACAAAUAAAAAAAUAAACAAAUAUUCUGGAGGUAGAUAGAAUUAUUGGAUGUUUAAGAGGUCAAUGAUAAUGAGAAGAUUAAAGGUA